AUGGUCGAGUUCCAGAUCGUGUCGGAUCUCCAUUUAGAAAACCCAUGCGCCUAUGAUGUGUUUGACAUUCCUGCCCAAGCGCCUCAUCUGGCGCUUCUUGGAGACAUAGGGGUCGUCACGGAUGCCGGCUUCUUCUCCUUCGUCGAGGCCCAACUUCGACGGUUCCAGGUCGUGUUCCUUCUCUUGGGAAAUCAUGAGCCAUAUCAUUCUUCUUGGGAUCAAACAAGGGAAAAGAUCUGCCAGUUUUCUGAGUCGGUCUACCAACGGCGGUCAUCCCAAGAGGGUCAGCCAGCAGCAGAGAGACUGGGCACGUUCGUCUUCUUGGACCAGACCCGCUAUGAUGUUUCGCCAGAUGUGACGGUACUAGGAUGCACUCUGUACUCGCAAGUUACGACAGCACAUCAGGAGCGUGUCAGCUUUGGGCUGAACGAUUUCUACUACAUAGACAGCUGGACUGUCGAGGAUCAUAAUGCUGCUCAUGCGGCUGACCUGAGGUGGUUGAAUGACCAGGUCUCCCACGUUGCCACAACAGAGCCCCAACGUAAGAUUAUGAUCUUGACGCAUCAUAGCCCAAUUACUCGAGAUACACGUGCGGUUGACCCAAGGCAUAUCAACAGCCCACUCUUGUCUGGGUUUGCUACAGAUCUUUCGGAACAAGAAUGCUGGAGGAACCCUCGGGUGCGAUUAUGGGGGUUUGGCCAUACGCAUUUCAACACUCGGUUCACCGAAGAGGGAACAGGCAAGCAGAUUGUGAGCAACCAGCGAGGCUACUACUUUUCUCAAUCCAUAGGGUUUGAUCCUGGGAUGGUUGUUAGUAUUUGA